CGGAAGCGGAAGUGAUGUCAUGACGUCCAGGGGUCUCUGGCUGAACAACUAUCAUCAGCUAACAAACUUUCUCAAACUUCUUCAGACACAACAUUAUUUAAAAAUAGCGAAUCUUUCCGGUUUUGUUUGAGUUUGGGCUUGUGUAUAUUCUCUUUUUUGUACGCAAACAUGUCACAUUUCUGAUGGAUCCGAGAUAUGACAUACCGCGGAGAGCCACCGCCGGUGGCAGCGGGGGCUCAGCCAACUCGUCCCCGGCUAUGGGGCCUCAGUCUCGCCGCAGGAAGAUGCCUCCCCGACCCGCUGACUUCAAACUCCAGAUUAUCAUUAUUGGCUCCCGUGGAGUUGGUAAAACUAGCCUCAUGGAGAGAUAUACCGACGAUACUUUCUGCGAAGCAUGCAAGUCGACCGUAGGAGUUGACUUCAAAAUCAAGACCGUUGAGUUGAGAGAAAAGAAGAUCAGGCUACAGAUAUGGGACACUGCAGGCCAGGAGAGGUUUAACAGCAUCACAUCAGCCUACUACAGAGGAGCCAAGGGAAUAGUGCUUGUAUACGAUAUAACGAAACAGGAGACCUUUGAUGAUCUUCCAAAGUGGAUGAAAAUGAUCGACAAGUACGCCUCAGAGGAAGCAGAACUUCUGCUGGUUGGGAACAAGCUGGACUGUGAGGCUGAUCGGGUCGUCUCCAGACAACAAGGAGAGAGGUUUGCCUCUAGAAUAAGUGGAAUGCGCUUCUGCGAAGCCAGUGCGAAGGAUAAUUUUAAUGUGGAUGAGAUCUUCCUGAAGCUAGUGGACGAUAUUCUCAGCAAGAUGCCAUUAGAAGUUCCCAACAAGGCGCUUUCCAACAGCGUCCUGUCUCUGCAGCCUGAACCGGAAGUACCACCAGAGUUGCCCCCUCCCCGUAUGCGCUGUUGCUGAGCACGUUUUCACCCCUCCAUCCCACCUAUCAUCAUUCCCCACACAAAGCACAAACACACUCGUUAAAAUAUGCAGUGUUGCCAUCUGGCCAGGAGGGGGCAGCACACCACUGCACGUUAGAAUAGGUUGCAGCUGUAAUGAUGAAUGGACUCUACAACAGGCAGUAUUAUCUUCUUCUUUGUUACUGAACUCUAUGACCUACAGCACACUAACACCCGAGGAAUUGAUCACUUCCUGUCACCUGUCUGUCUACACUCGACCCAGACUACCUCGUUGUUGGGACGGUGAUGUUAGCAGCUGGACAUUUUAAACUGAGUGGGAAACUGGGAAUAACUGGGGGCCUUACAUCUCAGUUUCUUCUUCUCUUCUGACAUUACACAUGCUCACACAUCAUUUAGACAGGCCAGCAGUCUUCUCACUCUGCAUUUGCAAGUUUUCAGAAAAAGGGAUGACAUCUCACACCUCCCUAGCUCAGUGGACACUUUGGAUCUGCAGGUUCAGUAGUUUUAUAAACUGAUUAAUUUGUGUUAUCAAGCUGUGGAUUGAUUUAGGAGUUUUUUUAAAAGCACAUGGUCUAAACAGGAUUUGUUGCCGUAGCGACUGGAGAAGGUGAUGCAGACGUUAGUGGAAAAUGAUGGUUAUGUGGCGAUCUUUUGAGCUUUUAGUGCUUUUUCCUACAGUAUAAAAAGUAGGGCGCGUCUCAGUUUAAAUUUGUAUAAAUUGUAAUGUUUUGCACUACAAACCAUCUUAUACUGACAUUCAUGAAAGGAAACAACUUGUAGUUUAGCUCUAAUAUGGAUCAAUGCUGCCUGAACAGUUGCUACUUUCUGGAGCAGGAGUGUAGUUGCAAGGAGAGAUGGGUAAUGUAGUCUUGGAUUGAUUAAUGUUGAACAGGAGGGAAUUUUCGUGCUCUUGGCUUCUCAGAGGGAUUAGCCAGUGCACAUGUCUGUUUUUUUGUCACUAAUAUAUUUGAUUGUUUUCCUUUUUUUUCCCUUUUGAAUUCGGAUAAAGCUGAGGGUGGAAGUAGAGUGUUUCUCCUUUUGUUGAAAAGUGCCAGAAUGACUCAGGAAACUUGGAUCGGCUCAGAACUGCACAUGCUUUUGAUCACUCGAUUAACUUUGAGUUUCAUAACAGAUUAAAGCCCCUUUAUGUUUGCUUUGGUGGCAUCUAGUAAUGAAUGUGCAAAAUGCAACCAACUCACACCUUUUCUCCUUUUCACCCAAGAUAACGUUUGGAAAACAGACAGCAGAAAUGAGUUAAAAUGCUCAAAAACAACUGGUUUGGCUCUUCUGGGUUACCGUAGUAACAGUGAAAGUUAUAAAGGUUUGUUUCAUUGAAAUAGAUUUGAUACUUAUGAAUAUUUCUACAUCUUCUGGAACAAAGAGACAUAUUUAAAGGAGAGGUUGUGGUUUUUUUUUCAGUAUUUUGUAGGUCAGGAUUUUCCCCCAUUUUUUUUGCACAUGCUGUAAUCCCUCCUGCGAGACAUCCUUUUAUUUCUCAAACCUUUGGGUUGAAAUGAUUUCAGUAUUUAUGUACCUUUGAGUGUGUGUGUUUUGUCAGGCUGUAGAACUGGUGGUAAAGAUUUGACAGGCCCAGUCAAAUUCCCUGAUCCAGAUUUACGUGGGCAAUUUGUUUUAUAUGUUACAGUUAAUAUUGGAGGAGAUUCAACACGCACACCUUAAUGAGUUUCAUGCCAAAAUAAAGAUGUUGAAACGUUUCAUCCAAACACUUUGUUUUGCGGUAAGAUCAUUAGUCAGAUUUGGAAUAUGUGGGAAAUCAUUUUUUUGUGUGAAUGCACUUUUUUCAGAUUGUGUUUGAGAAUUUAACCUUUGUCCGUGUUUGACCUUUCGGCACUAACCACGUGGACUUAUUUCUAAUAACCAAGCCUUUUAAUACUCAGUUUUAAUUACAUUUAAAAUGCUUCUCUUUAUUUGCAAUAUGUAUCCUUUAAGAAUGACGUCUGUUAUUUGUGUUACAUUUGUUAUGAAUCUUUGAAAGGUUUUUGUUUAAAGCUGUAUUUAUAACUUGUGGCAUUCUUGAACUAAUGACAAUGCGAUUAAAGAUGUUUAUAUUUAUUA